CCUAGCACCCUUUAAUAUGGCUAUUGGUCCUAUUAAGGGUUUAGGUUAUUAUAAAAACAACUUUAAUAGGGUAUCAAAUAUAAAAUAUUCAAUAAUGUAUUAACCAAUCACAAAGGAUGGCUUGAGAGCCACGGUUAAGAAGCCUAUAUAUACUUGAUUACACUCAGUAGUUUCCCACAAUUCAAUCUCUAGUGUCUUGCUCUCUACGCCAUUCCAUUCAUCACUGCUACAAGUCAUGGAGUUUUGCACUCAAAUUGCAGCACAAUUAAUUCUUGACGAGAUGAAAAAGAAUGAGAGUAGUGCUAAAAACGUUGUAAUGUCUCCUCUCUCAAUAAAUUUGAUGCUGAAUAUGGUGGCUGCUGGCGCUGAAGGUAACACAUUAGAGCAGUUCUUGAAAUUUCUGGGUUCACAAGGAAUCGAGGAUUUGAACCAAAAAUCUUCUGUUAUGAUGUCUCUUCUCCGCUACUCCUCUGGCUCUAAGGCCUCCACCCCUUCCCAUGUCCCCACAAUUCACCAAAAAAAACGUCAGAAGAGACAAAAACAAAAACAACCUCUUUUUUCAGUUGCAAACGCCUUAUGGGUUCAUAAUCAAUUCCAGUUAAUUCCAUCUUUCAGAAAAAUCACGAAAACAAUCUAUAAGGCAAAAGUGAAAAAUGUUGACCUUAUGCGCGAGGGUGAUAAAGUCAGGGAAGAUGUGAACCUAUGGGUGGAAAAGGAGACAAGAGGUCUCAUUAAACAACUUUUGUCCAAGGGUGUAAAUUUGGCACCCCCACUUUGUCUUGCUAAUGCAAUAUAUUUCAAGGGAUCAUGGGAAGAUCCUUUUAUGGUCUCUAAGACUCGAGAUAAAGAGUUUCACAUUUUUAACAGAGAAACAAUCCAAGUACCUUCCAUGAAUAGUCAUAAUGUUUCUCACGACUAUGCAUCCCUUGAUGAUUUCAAGGUUCUCAAACUCCCAUAUGAAAGCGUAAUUGGUGAAUGUGGGAAACAAAUACAAUUGUCUAUGUACUUGCUUCUUCCUCAUGAUCCGUAUGGAUUACAAGAUAUGGUGGAAAAGUUCAAUUUGGAUACGAAAUUGUUGGCGCCUGAGAGUCUUAAUGAUCAUCUAAGGAAGGUGAAACUUUCUCGUGUGUUGAUUCCCAAGAUGAAAUUCUCAUAUAAUGUGGAUGCUAAGGAGUUAGUUAAGAAAAAGGGAUUAACUUUGGCUUUCAAUGAGGUUGAUGCAGAUUUCUCAAAAAUGGUUUACUCUCAGUCUCCUGGUUCUAAUGAUUUUAUACAGGCUAUGCUUCAAAAGUGUUGUAUCGAAGUGAAUGAAGAUGGGACAGAGGCUGCUGCUGCCACCUUUUUUUGUCCGAGGAGCAAGCCUCCUCGGAACAAGCCUCCUCAAAUUAUUACCUUUGUUGCUGACCAUCCAUUCAUUGUUAGACAUUUAUAUGUAUAAACUAAAAUAUAUAUGUUUAUGUAUAAAAUGCGAAAUUAAAUCAAA